UUGCCCCGUGGUCUGAUGGGAGUUGGAGUCAGAAUGGAUUCAGUACUUCCUGCUUUGACGAGGAAGACCAAGCAGUUUCGGCAGUGGACUAAAAAGUUGAUAACCUGUCAAACCGUGUCACCUGGAAGAGGCAGAAGCAAACACCGACACAGGAUGUCUCUGAUGGAGCGUGGAGCAGUCCGGCCAGUCACAGCAGUGGCAUGGACCUCCAACAGCAGUACCUGCCCCAAAGAUUUCACUCUGAUCAGCAUCACAGAAGACGGAGCAGCAGCGAACUUUACACGCAGCUUUGCAAUGAAGUCUGGAUAUUACCUCUGUUACAGCAAGAACCUGAAUGGUGGCAUGGUGGUGUCAGACGUUCAGCUCAUUUCAGAAAAGGACUCUAUCCCUCAUGGUUACUGCUUUAUAGCAGAGCACCUCGAAGCAAAGGCCUCUGUUUGGAAGAAGAAACGUGUGUGUGUACGCGUCGUUCCAGUGGGUAGUGUGGACACAGCUGUGUUGGAUAUCAAAGUGACGGCCAAAAGCAAAAUGAUGUUGCAGCACUACACAUAUGUGGGAGACAUCCACGGCUACGUGCUGUGGUGCAGAAAGGGACAUUUUUCUAGCCCCAUGCCCCAAGCCAAGCCCCGCAGUGUCAGCCUGGACCUCCGCACACUCUCAUUGGAUCAGCCGUCUGCUCCUCUGCCCCUCAGACCCAGCAACCCCCCUCCUCCACUGCCACAUAACAAACUGAGUCAGAGACGCCACAGCCUCCACACCAAGGACAACAUUGACAAACCUGCUGAUGGCAGUGUCCAUGGGAUCACAGCUCUGGAUGGAGUUCCCUUUACUCUUCACCCGAAGUUCAAUGUCCCGGUUAACGGCCCGGCUCUUCAACUUAACAACAUUCGUAUAAAGUCUCUCCAAGACAUCGAAAAUGAGUAUAACUACACUUUUGCUGUGGAGGAAUCAGCUGCCAAGAGGACCAGACCAACAGUGCCAACAGGAGAUGCCCCAUCAGCUUAGUGAUCUUUGAACUUUGACAAGGCAACAACAUAAGACACGCGCAUUUUGCUCUGUCCAAAGGCUUUUACCAUGAUAUCUCACAACACGGUACAGAUGAAGCAUGAUCGCUCCUACAUGAACAAUGUAGGCUUAUAAUACUAGGCUUCAAGUGGGAAGGAGUUAUCAUAAAAGGGUUACUUAAAAACUCAUGUACGGGCACUGACCUUAAUCAUGAGACUGACAAUCAUACUUGGGAGGCGUUCAGGUGGUUUGGCUGUUUGGUUAUAAUGCAGCAUUUAUUCCUUGCAUUCCUUUUAUUUGUUUAUGAUGUUAAGUUUAUCCUCCAUGACCAUCUUCAAGCAUUCCAAGUUUCGAUUUGCCAAAGGAAGGCCUGUUUGAAAUGAAUCGUACUUGUAACUAUGUUGUUUUAACGUGUCUUUAUACUGCUCAAGGUUUAAGAUGUCAUGAAUCUAAAAAUCUGUUGUUAGGGACUGUUCAUCUGCAGCAUUAAACCCAACUUUUACAUGCUCAGUUUGAAAUUUUAGACGUAUUGUAUGUGAGAAAAAUGUUAUUUUUAUACUUGCUAUUGAAGAUGCUCUGUUGUCUGUUACCUGCUAUCAUACGCAUCUUUAAUUGUUUGAAUCAUUAAGAAUUCCUUAAGCAGAGCUUUAAUACUGAGCAUUGAUGGAUGGACUUGGCUGCCGACGUUUAACCGAGUUCACUAGAUACACUAACAUAUAUCUAAAUGUAGGAUGUAGCGUAUUUCUUGUAUGAAGAGUAGUCUGUUAAUACAGGUUUGUGUCAUUCCAAAAAAUGAAAUAUCCUAUUUUAAGGUGAGUGGAGGAAGGUUGUAUAUUUAGCUCUGUGUGUUAGUCAUACUUAAACGAGAUAUGGGGG